AUGUCAGACCCGAAAGAAUUGAAGAUUGCCAUCAUUGGCGCCGGCAUGGGCGGCUUGGGCUGCGCGCUCGCGUUGGCCAAAAAGGGCUUUAACCACAUUGACGUCUACGAGACGGCCUCCAACCUCGGUUUCGUUGGCGCCGGGAUUCAGAUGCCACCAAACGUUGUCCGGGUCCUCGACCGCCUCGGCUGCUGGCCCGACAUCGAGAAGACGUGUACAGACGUCAAGGGCUCAAGCAUUAGACAGGGAUCGACAAAUGUCGAGCUCGCGCACGUUGACAUGCCCAACAUUCGUGAGCUGUACGGGUACCCGCACUGCAACGACCACCGCUCCUCGCUCGCCGGCGGCCUGUACGGCGCAUGCAAGAAGGAGCCCGCCGUCACGUUCCACUUCGCGACGGCGCUGGCGUCCAUCGACUCGUUCGCGCCCAAGCCCAGCUUCACUGUGCAGCCGCGCGACGGCGAGGCCCGCUCCGUCGAGGCCGACGUCCUCCUCGCCUGCGACGGCAUCAAGAGCAUCGUCCGCAGCUCGCUCCUAGACUCCAUCGGCGCCGUCGGUGGCGAGGAGGAGACCGGCCAGGCCGCCUACCGCAUCAUGCUCACCCGCGAGCAGAUGGCCGGCGACCCGGAGCUCCUCGCGCUCCUCGACUCGGACGAGGUCGUCCGCUGGAUCGGCGAGAAGCGCCACAUCAUCGCGUACCCCGUCUCCUCGCACACCAUCUACAACCUCUCGACCACGCAGCCCGACUCCAACUUCGCCGCCGCCACCAACGCGACCUACACCACCAGGGGCUCCAAAAAGGUCAUGCUCGACGUCUUCCACGACUUCUGCCCGCUGGUCCACCGCAUGCUCAACCUCGUCCCGGACGGCGAGGUCUGCGAGUGGCGCCUGCGCAUGCACAAGCCGCUGCCCGCCUGGGUGCACACCGACGGGCCCGUCGCCCUCCUCGGCGACGCCUGCCACCCGACGCUCCCUCACCUCAGCCAGGGCGCCGCCAUGGCCAUCGAGGACGGCUCCGUCGUCGCCGAGGUGCUCGCCCGCGCGCCCGAUACCAAACCCGCGACCCUCCGCCGCUGCCUCAAGGCCUACGAGCUCUCGCGCCGCGACUGGACCUCCCAGCUCGUCAACAUGGCCUUCCUGUCGGGCAAGCAGCUGCACCUCGGCGAGGGCAAGGCCAAGGAGGAGCGCGACCGCAUGUUCGCCGAGCACAAGUCGGCCGGCGCUGUGCCGGAUAAGUGGGCCUCGCCCGACGUGCAGCGCAUGAUUUACACAAACGACUGUGUGGCCAACAUCCAACGAGACUUUGACGAGCUGUACAAGAGCGCGGCAUAA